AUGUCGAACGAACGACUGUGGCUUUGGAUUAGAGGAGUCACUGCCAGGAUCCUGCGAGGCCUCUUGGCGCUCCUCAGGUUGGCCUUGACUGGUUGCACCAGGUACUUUGACCGGUUGAGGGAUGUCGUGGGCCAGGCAGGAGCCGAAACUGGUCUCCUGGCGCUGAGCUUGUGCGUCAACCGGAGUAUCCAUCUGCUGGAAAGGCUCUUUUGGCUGGGGGUGGUCAUAAGCAGUGUGAUCGCCGCCCUGGUGCUUAGUCGCCUCCAGUUGGAGCGCUACUUCAGCUCGCCCACCGUGAUCUCCGUCGACCGAGACUAUCGCGGCUGGAACGGAUCCCUGCCAGCAGUCACCCUGUGCUACUACGACCACAUCGAUUCCUUCAAGGCCAAUGAGUACAUACAGGAGGUGUGGAAUGUGUCCAUCAUCGACGAGGACUACUUCUACUUCAUGGACUUUCUGUACGCCGUUGUGAACGCCACGGCGGGCAACUACGCCGAGUUGGCCAAGUUCGCGGAGGACGAGCGCUUCGACCAGAUCGACCUGUACGAGAUGAUCCAGCGGGUGGACAGACCCUUCGAGCAGGUCAUCAGCAGCUUCGACUCCGGCUUCCAAGUCCAUGUCCAGAGGGUGAUGACGGAGCGAGGAGCCUGCUACGCCAUCAACUCUCCCAUGUCCACGGUGCUGAGUGGCCAACCAGUUGCCUAUGAGUUGAUGCCACAGCCCCUGUCCUGCCAGUAUGGAAAGCAGCAGUGCUACAUCCGGAUGGAUUUGUAUGAGAGCACGGGCGUGCUGGACGUCCAUUCGCCAUUUGAGGUUUCGGCCACAGAGGCGAACAUUGUGGCCCUCCACAAAUCCGACGAGAUAACCGCCUCGUUCAAGGUGCUGGAAACGGUAGCAUCAAAGAACUUACGCCAACUGAGCGUCGCCCAGCGCAAGUGUGUGUUCAACAACGAGGAGACAUCCAAUCUGAAGAUCUACAGCAAGUCCCUGUGCCUGGCCAGAUGCCGCGCGGUGAUGGCCCUCGAGAUGUGCAACUGCGUGCCCUUCUUCUACCCGUACGUGGAUGGACCCAGUUGCAAUCCCGCCGGAUUCGAGUGCCUGCUGGACUUCAAGUGGCCCAUCUGGGCGCUGCACAUCUGCAAGUGCCCCUCCACCUGCACCGAGAUCGAGUACACCAUGCAGACGGUCAAGAAGAGCUCCUGGGGCGUCAAGAACAACGAGGAGGUGGCCAGCAGCGAGACUGCCACCUCCAGCUUCCGCUGGGAUCUGAUUCCUCCCAAAGUGCGCAUGCGACGGGAUGUGGUCUACAGUUUCGAGGACUUAGUGGUAUCCUUUGGAGGUGUCCUGGCCCUCUUCGUGGGCGUCAGUGUGAUGGGGCUGGUGGAGAUGGUGCAUGUGCUCGUCCAAAACUUGCUAAUCGACGUCUUCACGGUGCUCCGCCUGGUGUUUGGUCGACUGCGGCGCUGCUGGCGAAGAGACGACCACAAACCGGAGGGCAACCACCACCAUGCCCGACUGCAUGACUUCAACGAGCGCCUCUCUUUGGCCGACACCGCUGAACUGCCGCCGUUUGACUACGUGAAUUGA